CGCUUUCUCUCCUGCGGUCGCGCACUGAUGACGUCGCUGUGACGGUCUCCGGGGUGUACCGGGAUGUCGGAGUCCUGUGAGGAGCGGCGGCCGCCGAAUUUCCGCCUAUCGGCGUGUAAACGGGAGCCGGUGGUGAAGUUGUUGCAGGCGGUGACCGGCUUGGAGCCGCUCUCCUGGUCGGAGGACCACCGGCUGUCCGUGUGUACCAGCAGCAAUGUGUCCGUCCUGGAGCAGCUGUGUGACAUCCAUGGCAGCAGCCCGGAGCUCACCCUCCACCGCACCUGUGUGCCCGCCUCGCCCAAGACCUGCUUCCUCCGGAUCGGUUCCUCAAAGGAAGUGGAGCAGUGCAGAGCAAAGUUUGCCCGGUCAAGUGACCCAACAGUCAGCCAAAAGUUUAUGCUGGACAGAGUUUUUAACCCUGAAGGGAAAGGUUUGCCACCCUUGCAAGGAUACAAAUAUGCCUGCUGGUCUCCUGUGGGUUGCGAUGCCAAUGGGCGAUGCCUUUUAGCCGCACUUGCUUUGGAUAACCGAUUGACUGUUAGUGCAAAUGUUGACAGACUGCAGUGGAAGCAACUGGCAGACCUAACAGAAAUGUAUGGUGAACGUUUAACUCAGAACAACUACACCAUGACUGAGAAUGCCACCUAUUCACAACUGGAAGAUUUUCCUGAGUACCAGAGGCGGCACAGCAUGCAGACCCCCGUACGUAUGGAGUGGUCCAGCAUAUGCACUACCCAGGAGAUCAUGGAAAACAACACUUGCCGAGAUGUUGGUACCGUUCUGUUGGCAGUACUCUUUGAAAACGGAGAUGUUGCCAUUUGGCAAUUUCAGCUUCCCAUAAAAGACCACAGCUCCAUUAUUUCCUGCAACACCAUUGUGUCCGGUGUGGAGUCACCAAGCGUCUUGGCAUGGUGGGAGUAUGAACACAGCAAUCGUAAAAUGAGUGGGCUGAUUGUAGGUAGCAGUCUUGGCCCCAUCAAAAUUAUCCCAGUGAAUUUGAAGGCUGUCAAAGGAUACUUCACAUUACGGCAGCCGGUGAUCCUUUGGCGAGAGGUUGAUCGUUUGCCAGUCAACAGUAUUAAAUGUAUAGCUCUCUAUCACCCUUACCAAAAGUGCAGCUGCAGUCUUAUCGUUGCUGCCCGUGGUUGCUAUGUAUUUUGGUGUUUGUUGUUGAUAUCAAAAGCAGGACUCAAUGUUCACAAUUCCCAUGUCACUGGACUUCACUCCUUGCCUAUCAUUUCUUUGUCUGUGGACAGGCAGAAUGGGACCAUUUAUUCCUGUUCUGUUGAUGGAAAAGUUCAGCAGUUGAUUCCUAUUUUCACAAACCUUGCUUUAAAGUUUGAACAUCAGCUCAUUAAUCUGUCAGACAUGUUUGGGUCAGUGAAAUCUCACGGCAUUGCUGUAAGUCCCUUCGGGGCAUAUCUUGCUUGCAUCACCUCUGAAGGCAUGAACAACUGGAUUCAUCCAGUAAACAAGAACUUUCAGGUGAACUUUGUGUGCCUCAAGACUUUUGAGGAAGCAGCAGCUCAGCUUCUUGAGAGCUCCAGUCAGAACCUCUUCCGGCAGAUGGAUCUCACCGACAUUGUGCGCUGGAAGAUCCUGAAAGAUAAGGUCAUCCCUCCGUUUUUGAUUGAUGCCUUGGAAAAAAAGGCAGAUGGAGGUCCAUUGUACUGUUGGAGGUUCCGACUUUUCCUUCUGAGAAUUUGGUACCAGUCUUUUAAAAAAGCGACUUAUGAAGCAAUGCAGAAACUACCUUACCAAGAAUCCAAGGUAUGCAAGAAGGAAGAGCCCCCUGUGGAGGCCAGCAUUUCUGAGGAAGAGAAGGAUCAGGAUGAGAGUAGACAUGACGAUGAUGAUGAUGGUGAUGAUGAUGAGCAUGGCUCUGGUAAAACAUUAAGAGACAGUGCAGAGCCGGAGUCUUCUCCUUCAGCUGAUGAAAGUCUUUUGGAUAUCCAACAGAAAAUUGAUGCAGUAGAGGCACAUUUGACCAAGGAACAGAUGAAACGUGUUCUGGGAGAAGUCUAUCUACACACCGGCAUCACAGAAUAUACCAGUAUUCCGACCCGUGGUGUCUGUGCUUAUCUGAUGGCUAACAGGGACGACGAUGACAGGACAGCCCAGGUGCUCAUCGGUCAUGUUGAAAAGAAGAUGAACAAGCAAAUGUUCCCAGAGUACUGCACUUUGUGUAAGGAAGUUCUUCCAUUCACUGAUUGUAAAAAGGCUCUCUGCCCUAAUGGACAUCUCUGGCGCAGGUGUUCCUUGACAUACCAGGCCUGUCAGUCUCUGGAAUAUCGGAAGUGCCUAUUGCAUGACAGUAUUGCAAGACAUUCAAUUCCAGAAGAUCUGGACUGGAUUAAGAGAUUGCUGAAAGGACCUUGUAUACUUUGUGACUCUCCUGUCUUUUAAUGCCCCCUCUUGGUUUUUAUUGUUGCCAUCUGUUACCAAGCACGGAUCUUCACAGCAGCCUAAGAUGUACCCCUGAAGGAUGUGGUGACUUUUUCUUUUAGGUAACAAAUAGAGUAUAGAACCCACAUUGUUUGCUAUACUACAAAAGGAGCACAAAUUCUGACCCAAGCAGCCAAUCACAAACUGCAUUUCUUGUUUUUUUCUUUCUUUUAACUAUCUAAGAAAAAGGCCAGAUUUAGGCUUAUGGGGCUCGUUUCUAGAAAAAAGGCAUGGUCUGGGCCACUUUUUAGGGCUUCAUUUCUAUUUUUCCAUUACACACUAGCAGAACAUUCUUGCCAUUUUCAAGAUUUUGAGUUCUGACCCAAGCUUCAACCUGCAAAAAUAUUUGUGUUGUCUCGCUGUGCUUUGCAGGUCCCAGUUAUACAUGAAAAGAUUUGUGUGACUGGUCCUCCUUAGAAUCUCUGAGGCUAAGAUCUCUUAUGACACAAUAGGAGUUUCAUCUCUUCUGAUUACCUAAGCAUGUCUUGAACUUGUGAACUGCCUUUCUUUUGACUUUACUUAUAUAUAGUAGAGCUUGUAAAGAGCAGGAGAGAGAACUCUCUUUUAAAUCUUAGCACCUGAAUUGUUUCCCCCCCUGAAUCAGACCUGUAUGGCUGUGACCUGUUGAGGGGAAGGAGUGGCCAAACACAGAAACAAAAAUUCAAAUCCUAUAGGCACACCUGUCUGUUCUCACUGUCCAGUACUAACAUUUGCCACAAGGUUUAGUGGAUGUUUAGGUACAUACAGCCCUUUUUUUUUAUGGUUUCAGAAACUGCUAAUUUAAACGUCAAACUGCUUUUCAGUUGUACUAAAGCUCCUCUUUAAAGCAGAACUUUACCUAUAACUUGAUAAAAAUAAUGUUCUUCCACAAUAAUAAUGAUGCUUCCGAAAUUAGUGUGGGCUGUAAAUUGCCCUCAGCAUUGCUCCUGUUUUUUCUUGCUGGAGGCUGCCAUUUUUCUGAAGCCCUGAGCAGCAGUAAAUCAUAAAGCAGAACUAAACCUAUCGAGUUAAUGGUUUCAAAUAUUACGUUCUCGGCAAAUGCUGCAGAUUUGACACGUCAAAUUGGCCCAAUGUGAACUUGGGUUUAGCAAAGAUUGCACUCAGGGGCCUCUAAAUCAGGGUGCACACUGCCCACAGUGCUCUAGUUGGAUCUAUGGGUAUCCCACAAUGCCUUUCUUUUGCACACAAUGCAUUGUAUGAUGGGGGGGGGGGGGAAUUGAGCUCCAGCAAAGUUGAGGAUUGCAAGUAAUAUAACCUACUUUGGGGACUUCUGGGUUUGCUAAAAAUUAGACUUGCUAGUUGAGUAGUGUUUAAUAUACAGGUUAUCAUGACAGGUUCACUUAAAGCAGAACUAAACCCAUCAAUUUAGCGAUUUCAAAAGAGUUACAUUCCCGACACGUGCCAGGAAUGUAAUUGUCACGUUGCUUGUGUUUUCAACCAAACUGUCAAACCAUAAAAAUGUCUGGUGUCAUAACAGAUCGCAGGUGCAGAUCAAACAGAGGCCAAAAUGGCAGUCCUUGGCUGAAAACGAUAUGAGGGUUUAGUUCCGCUUUAAAUAUCCAGAUUUCAUGUGUUCGCGUUUUUGAGUUCUGAAAUUUAGUUUUAUGAUUUCAGGGGUGAUAUAACUUAAUUCUUUGCCUUCCAAAGUCUCUGACUGUGAGAAGAGGACAUUUUCAUUAUUUCCAUUCUUUGCACAACAGUGAUGAUACCAUAGCACUUAGUAACUUGGUAAUAGUAGUUAACUCCUUCAUUUAAACAAGAGGUAGGUACAUCCUUGGGAGGAAAGGCUUAAUGCACCAUGAUGAAGGUCUACACUAGUAAAUGCCUCCACUUUACACACGCCUGUCGAUGAGCACAUGUAUGUGUUAGUGAUUCUGCUGCUAAAAAGAAAAAAGUUGUAGGUGGAUAGAACCACAGCAUACCGCGUGGGAAGCAAGCUUCAGACUCACACAUGGGUGUUGGAUGCCAAAGAAUAUUUGUCAGCAUUAUUACUCCAUUAUAUCAUGGUAUAUUCAGAAACGAUUGACCUCUGCAAGCAUUGUUUCUGCUUUGAAGGAAACCCUUCCUAAGAGAAACAGAGCUUGUCAUUGCUGAGUUUUCAUUCUCCAAAUGCUAGUUGCCUGGCUGUCAUGCUCACCCUCUGUCUUUGCUAAUUUGGUCACCAACUCACUCAAGUAUACAGAGUUGGAAUUGUGAUUUGAUUUUCACCCCUAUUCUGUAUACUUGGCCUGGGACAGUAACACAAACUACUGAGAUGAGAGGGCCAGGAAGUCGGCCAGACAACUAGUUUCUUCAGGAGGGCAGACCACCAUAUUUUACUCAUCAAAGGCUUUUCUAAAUCUGCUUUUCUUAAGGUCACCUCGUUGUUGGCACUCCUUGCAGGCAGCCAUAUUAUAAGAUUGGUGCCAGUUUACUAGAUGAUGUCACUGAUUCACACAGCAAAUGGUGCUACUUCUUUAAGGGGCAGGCUGUAGUGAACUGAUUUGAUUAGUUGGUUGUGGCGACCAUGUUUCAUUGUAUUUAUCAAUGCACUCCCCUCUUGUAAAUAUUCCUGUGUCUGGUCUUGUGUUUCUGUAUAUUUAUAUUUUUGUAAUUUUUUUUUUCUUUGUCAUAAAGUGAAAUAAAACAAGUUUAUAUUAUCUGUA